AGUUGACCAUCGAUCCCAUCCACGCUAACAUGGCCCGUCUCCAUCUCCAUCUCCAUCUCCAUCUCCAUCUCCAUCUCCAUUAAAAUCACAGCUCUCCCUAUAAAUCCAGUUCCAUCCCAACGCCAUGGCAGACAAUUAAGCUGAUCGAGCGCAGCGCGCAGAAUUAAGGGCCAUGGGCGGAGAAGGCAUCGAGCGGAGACAGCGCCGUGAGGAAGAAGACCUCUUCGAAUCUGACUGCGACGAAGACUGCGCCCAUCUUCUUCUUCAGCAGCAGCAGAAACUCACCAGGAGAUCAUCAGGGCUGUCCAAGUACUACCCUGGGAAAUCACAGUCGUACACCUGUCUCUCAGACGUGAGGAGCGUAGAGGACCUGCCCAAGAAGGAGGUCAGAGGUCACUGCCAGAGGAGGUCUCCCUCAAGGGCUCCUUCCUGUGCGUCGUUCUUGGCUAGUGCUACUAACGCCGGGCCACCUAUUCUUUGAUCUGAAUCUGAAAAGAGAGGAAGAGAUCAGUGUUUGUGUAGAUGUUAAUCGUGAAUGUGCCUUGAGAUCUAGGAAGAUUGUAACGAGCGUUCAGAAAUGUAUUCUUCAUAGCUUUUAAGACAAUGUCUUCCCCUUCAUCCUCAAA